UCUUGAUGAGUGUUUUCCGUGUAAUUAUUUGUUUUUUGCUCUUGAUUUCCAUGUUAUGCGAGCAUGUAACUGCAAUACUCUGUCAUCGCGAAGAAAAGUUUGUUAAAGCAGAAGGUUCACUCCCAGCAAUAAACCCGAUAAAAACAACAACUGUGUCAGCAGAAGUAUUCUGUUCUACAGAAUGUACCAACUUUCCGGGAUGCAACUCAUUCACAUAUCUUACCGAGACAGCCACUGAUAAUUGUCAACUUAGUGCUAGUGUUGAUGGCGAGUCGUCUUCUGCCAAGUCUGUUGUUUAUAAGAAAGUACCUGGAAUGUCAAUUACUGGUUGUGCAAGCAGUCCUUGCCUUAAUGGUGGAACGUGUCAAGAUGUUUGUUACCCUCCGUACCACGUUUGUGAUUGUCCUUCUGAUAAACAAGGUGAUAAUUGUGAAUGGAAUACAGCCUGCGUAACUGAGGAUUGGACUCUACGAUUUGAUAAUCCUGGUACACACUAUUGCGGUGGGAAGAACUACAUGAGAGGCUUUCAAAGAUCUGCCUGUCAAUGGCUUUACUGUCUUGAUAAAGUAGAUUGUUGUCCACCUCAAAUUGAGUACAGUCAGGCAGCCCAAACUUGUACAAACGCCAACUGGUAUUCUUCCUUUGGGUCUCGCUCGUGGAACUACUGUCCUCGUGGGUAUUUUGUUAAUGGCUUCAUCAGAUCUGAUGGUGAUUCAAUAGUAAGACUGGAGGAAGGCCGUUGUUGUAAACCUUCAAAUGGACCUAGCGAUUGGGGUGAAUGCUUUGUUGAAGAUAUCAUGUCAAGUUUUGAUGAGCCUUGGGCCAAGGUUGGAUGCAGCAAACCACUGCACUAUAUAGUUGGUAUCUAUACCCACAAAUGUGACAAGAUCUCUUGUAUCGAGAAGCUCGAAUGCUGUAGCAUCCGCAGUGCAUGACGGAGAUUCAAUGCAUUUUAAACACACUUCUUUUAUCCUUGGAGGAGUUAAACUAGUUUAGCCUUCAUUUUACAUUACGAUACUUGGGUUCAACAAUACUUGAUAGUUCUAUACUCACUUAUUCAUGCUUCAUGUUCGUUUGUCUUUCGUAUAAAUCAAGUUGAAAGACCGUGGUUGUGUGCAUGACCGAAACUAGAGCGAUAAUGGGGGGGGGGGGUAAUUCAUGUUCUCACGCAGAUCUUUCGGUCCGUUAACCCGGUUCUUCAUUUUUUACGGAUUGAUUAUCUCAUUAUUGAUGCACCAUGCAAAAUUAUAAAGAUAUCAUCACAACACCUGAUUGUUCUAAAGCCGAUUUCGUCCGAGUCUUUCUUAUUUACAGAUAGCCUAAUAACAAGAGCAAUUUUAUUAUAAUUCUCAAUAAAGAGAAAAUAUCGUCCCGCUUUAAAUUCAUAUCAUAUAAGUACAAGAUGUCUCAUUGUAUUAC